UCCGCAGCCUCCGCAGCCUCCGCUCCCGCCACCUUCUGCCGCAGCCGCCGCCGCCCUCGGCGAGACCUCCAGACUGACUCCGGGUGCUGAAUAAAGAUGGCGGAAGCUCACCAAGCCGUAGCAUUCCAGUUCACAGUCACUCCUGAUGGGAUUGACCUGCGCCUGAGUCAUGAAGCUCUGAAACAGAUUUACCUCUCAGGCCUCCACUCGUGGAAGAAGAAGUUCAUCCGAUUCAAGAAUGGAAUCAUCACGGGUGUGUAUCCUGCGAGCCCAUCCAGCUGGCUUAUUGUGGUGGUGGGGGUGAUGUCCACCAUGUAUGCCAGAGUCGAUCCUUCGUUAGGAAUAAUAGCCAAGAUCAAUCAAACUCUUGGGACAACGGGCUCCAUGUCCAACCAGACCAAGAAUGUUGUCAGCGGCAUCCUCUUUGGCACAGGGCUCUGGAUCGCCCUCAUCAUAGCCAUGCGGUACUCCCUAAAGAUGCUGCUCUCCUACCACGGCUGGAUGUUUGCCGAGUACGGCAAAAUGAGCCAAGCAACUAAAGUGUGGAUGACAAUGGUGAAGAUUUUCUCAGGUCGGAAACCAAUGCUGUACAGUUUCCAGACGUCCCUGCCCCGCCUGCCUGUGCCAGCUGUCAAAGACACUGUCAACAGGUAUCUGGAAUCAGUUGAGCCACUUCUGAAGAAAGAAGAUUUUACAAGAAUGAAGGGUCUUGCUGAAGACUUUUCCAUUAAUCUCGGACCACGACUGCAGUGGUAUCUGAAGCUGAAAUCGUGGUGGGCCACUAACUACGUAAGCGACUGGUGGGAAGAGUACAUCUACCUUAGGGGACGAGGCCCCAUCAUGGUGAAUAGCAAUUAUUAUGCCAUGGAUUUAUUAUACGUCAUACCAACUCACAUCCAGGCAGCAAGGGCAGGCAACGCUAUCCACUCCAUCCUGCUGUACCGGAGGAAACUGGAUCGGGAAGAAAUCAAACCGAUUUUUCUGCUGGGUUCCACUGUGCCCCUCUGCUCAGCCCAGUGGGAGCGGAUGUUUAAUACUUCUCGGAUCCCAGGAGAGGAGACAGAUACCAUCCAGCACAUAAAGGACAGCAAGCACAUUGUGGUGUACCACCUGGGGCGCUACUUCAAAAUCUGGCUCUACCAUGACGGCAGGUUGCUGAAACCUCGGGAAAUCGAGCAGCAGAUCCAGAGGAUUCUCGAUGACCCUUCGGAGCCUCAGGCCGGGGAGGAGAAGCUGGCUGCUCUCACGGCUGGGGAAAGGGUGCCAUGGGCCAAGGCUCGCCAGACCUAUUUUUCCCGUGGAAAGAACAAGCAAUCUUUGGAUGCCAUCGAGAAAGCGGCAUUCGUUGUGACGCUGGAUGACACCGAGCAGGGCUAUAACAAGAAGGACCCCAUCACCUCCAUGGACAGUUACGCCAAGUCUCUGCUCCAUGGCAAGUGUUAUGACAGGUGGUUUGACAAAACGUUCACGUUCAUUGUCUUCAAGAAUGGCAAAAUGGGCCUGAAUGCAGAGCACGCUUGGGCAGAUGCGCCGAUUGUAGGCCAUCUGUGGGAGUAUGUGAUGUCCACAGACUGCUUCCAGCUGGGCUACACAGAAGAUGGUCACUGCAGGGGAGACACCAAUCCCAACAUUCCGUGCCCCACAAGGCUUCAGUGGGAAAUCCCAGAAGAAUGUCAAGAUAUCAUCGAGAAAUCGCUGAGCCUCGCCUGCACCCUGGCCAAUGAUGUGGAUUUUCACUCCUUUCCAUUUGACACCUUUGGUAAAGGGUUAAUCAAGAAAAGUAGGACCAGUCCAGAUGCCUUCAUGCAGCUGGCUCUGCAGCUGGCCCAUUAUAAGGACAAGGGCAAAUUUUGCUUAACGUAUGAAGCUUCCAUGACCCGCCUUUUCCGAGAAGGACGAACAGAGACUGUCCGUUCCUGUUCUAUGGAGUCUUGCAACUUUGUGCUUACCAUGGUGGACCCCAUGCAGACGGUUGAAAAAAAGCUCAAAUUAUUCAAAAUUGCAGCUGAUAGACACCAACACUUGUAUCGUCUUGCCAUGACUGGUGCUGGCAUUGACCGCCAUCUUUUUUGCCUUUAUGUGGUCUCCAAAUAUCUAGCUGUUGAUUCUCCUUUCCUGAAAGAAGUUUUAUCUGAUCCAUGGAGAUUGUCAACUAGCCAGACACCUCAACAACAGAUAGAACUCUUUGAUCUGGAAAGGAAUCCAGAAUACGUGUCCAGUGGAGGUGGCUUUGGACCGGUUGCUGAUGACGGUUAUGGGGUGUCCUAUAUUAUAGUCGGGGAGAACCUCAUCAAUUUCCAUGUGUCCUCCAAGUUCUCCAGCCCCGAGACUGAUUCUCAUCGGUUUGGAGCUCACCUGAGGCAAGCCAUGAUCGACAUCAUCACCUUGUUUGGAUUCCAUUCCAACGCCAAAAAGUAAUUCCAGUUACGCCCAUUGUGGAGGAAAUGGGACUCUUCUGAAAAACCAAAUAAGACUGGACAUUGCAUUCCUUUUGUAGUCAAGGGUCAGAAGAUGCUCUUUUCCAGAGAUGGUUUUGUCCUUAGGUUUUUGUUUUCUUUUGUUUUCUUUUGUUUUUUAGACAGAGAGGGAGAGAAAGUAUAUUAUACGAAGAAGUAUAAUUUUGCUACUUCUAGGUAUGUCCUAAUGAUGUGAAUGCUUGAUUUCCCCUACUAAAGUCUUUGUCUUGUUUAAAUUUCAAUAAGUGAAGGGAUUGAAGUAUUGUCCAAUUAAUGUAAGUAGAGGAAUUUUGAUGUAAUAUAUGUGUUGGGAGCAGAAAUAGCAUGUUUCCUCAAUUGUGACUAUAUAUCUGGUACUUACGGGCAUUUAACUCCUAUUAUCAGAACAGAUAUAUAUGCAUUACAUAUUUUUAAAAUUGUUUAAAUUGGAAGUGUAACCAAUGGACAUAGCCAUGUCAUGCACUAAUUAAGAAUGGGGCAGCUGUUUGGAACAAGCUUUUGCCAUGAUGGAGAGCUCGGUUACUUAUACUGCGUAAGAGAAUAACCACCCCCUGUGUUUGCUUCUCUAGUUUUAUUGAUGUGGGAAUAAACCUUGAGUGUAUUUAUAACCCCAGUGCCUUAAAAAUACAAGGCCCUAAACACAAGAAAAAUCUUACACAGAUUGUAUUAUAAUUAUGAAGUCUAUUGCUGAAUUGUGGGAUUACGAAUUCCAUUCUCUUAUCUUUUUUUUUUUCCACUUGGGUUCAGUCCUGGAAUGAACUUGUGAGCAGAGUAUGAAACACAGGCAGGCAUAUGUGUCUGGCUUUCCCCUCACACAGAGUCCAGCUUUCGUGUGUGUGUGUGUGUGUGUGUGUGUGUGUGAGAGAGAGAGAGAGAGAGAGAGAGAGAGAGAGAGAGAGAG